UUUUUUUUACCACGGAUUAGACUCUAUACAGUCCUUGUUCUCUGCAUUUGCAUCCAUAAAGUUUGAUUUGUUAACCCAGUAAGCCUAGUUAGCUUGCUAGGAAUAUUCUGUCCAUAGAAUUAUAAUACAAAAUAGAAUUAAAUAGGAUCUCUAUGGCUCUGUCCAUGUGCAUGUCUUGGAAUCGCAACAGCCUACAAACUCUUGCUUUUUGCUUCAGUUUCCAAAAACAAUGUAACCAAAUAACCAGUUACUUGGUCCAUACAGUAUAUGGUCAUGAUGACUUACUGUUUUGUAGGUUGUGCAUCUGUACUAACUAGCUUAACAAUUUUUUCUCUCAAUAAUACUACAUAAGCCUUAUACACGUCUUCCAUUGUUAUUAACAUAUAGCUCCAUUUGAAGUAUUUCACAACAACCUUGAAUAGACAACAGUCUGGAAUAGCUAGUGUGGUUAAAUAUUUGUUGACCAAAUCAUAGCCACUAUUCUGGUCACUCGGCCUAUUUGUAGUUUCAUCUUCAAGUUCUAGCCUGCCCUAGUGUGUGUCCCUGCCCUCUCAUCAUUGCUGCUGGUUCCUUAAUAGUGAUGCUCAAACUGUAAGAGGACAGGAGGUAAGGCUGUCCGGUCAGAAGGAGCCCAGGCUACUGUCACUGAUUGAGUUCUCUGGGGAGUUUAUGUUAGGUGUUUUGGCUAACCCUGAUACUGUUGUGUCCUGUCCGGUACAUCAGUUGUCCAUACCCAUCAACAGUCAUUUUCAGAUUGUGCGAGAGGCUGAAGAAGCGCUGCUCAUUGACUUGCCAUCAAAAACUUGCGUUAGGAUACGGGUCAGAGGGGAGAAAGCCCUGGAGCUGAUUCUGGAGCUCCAGGAUGAUGAGCGCAGCCAGUCCUUCUUCUCCCAGUUGAAGAGAGCCAAGCAGCAAGUCGAGUCCAAAAGCAGGCAAAUCAAAGCGAUGGAUCCUAUCAUGCCGGCUCCCCGCAAGGUCUCUGUCCCAGUCCCACCCAUCCCUCCUCAGAGAGGGAUCCACAAAGCUGUCAACUCUCACACCAAGCCCACCGGCGUACCGCCACCGCCUCCCAACCUCAACAACAGCUCUUCAGCCAACCAGACCGGCACAGCUGACAGACAGGACCCAGCUCUCUCUCUGGCCAUAGACUUUGGCUUCGAGGACAACUUCAAUAAUUCCCUCAAAGUGGAGGAGAAGAAGAACCAGCAGAAUGGCAUCGGGCCUCCCCGGGAAGCUCCUCCAGUUCCCCCUCUGCCUCCACGUAAAGGCUCCUACACUCCCUCCAAUCCUCUCCCACCCACACCCCUCCCCACUUCCAAAGACAGAGUUUCGUCCAUACAGGCUAAAGAUGCCGCCUUCAUCACGCCUGCCAAAACAGAUCUUAGUGUUGACCGGCCCACCUCGUGGUGUGACAGCCCCACCACCAACAGCAUGCGGAACGCCAUGUUCUCCACUCAGGCCAGCCAGAGAGAGUACCUCAUCAAACACCGCCUGGCCAAGAAGGAGAAGGAGUACGUAGACAUCAAGGACUUCAGAUUCUUUUCUGGAACGUGGAAUGUGAAUGGCCAGUCUCCAGACAGCAGUCUAGAGCCCUGGCUGUGUUGUUCGCUAGAACCCCCUGACGUCUACGCUCUGGGUUUCCAGGAGCUGGACCUGAGCACAGAGGCCUUCUUCUAUCUGGACUCCUCUAAGGAGCAGCUGUGGGUAGAGGCUGUGGAGAGAAGUCUGCACCCCAAAGCCAAGUACAAGAUGGUGCGUACCAUUCGACUAGUGGGCAUGAUGCUAGUGGUGUUUGUCAACAAGGUGCACAAGAAUCACAUUAAAGAGGUUGCGGCGGAGCACGUGGGAACUGGCAUCAUGGGGAAAAUGGGCAACAAGGGAGGUGUGGCGGUGCGCUUUGUGUUCCACAACACCAGCUUCUGUUUUGUCAACUCCCACCUGGCGGCCCACGUCGAGGACUUUGAGAGGAGGAACCAGGACUACAAAGACAUCUGUGCCCGCAUGAGAUUCCACAUGCUAGACCACCCUCCCCACAAUAUCGUCAAACACGAUGUAGUGAUCUGGGUAGGAGAUCUGAACUACCGGUUGUUUGUGUACGAUGCAGCUGAGGUCAAACAGCUCAUCUCCCAAAACCAACUGAGGAAACUGCAGGAGUAUGAUCAGCUGAAUAUCCAGAGACAGAACAAGCGAGCGUUCACAGACUUCAUGGAGGGAGAGAUCAAUUUCAUGCCCACGUACAAGUAUGACGCCAAGACGGACCGCUGGGACUCUAGUGGGAAGUGUCGUGUCCCAGCAUGGUGCGAUCGGAUCCUGUGGAGGGGCAGUAAUGUGAAGCAGCUCCACUACAGGAGUCACAUGGAACUGAAGACCAGCGACCACAAGCCUGUCAGCUCCCUCUUCAGUGUCGGGGUGAAGGUGGUGAACGAGGCACGCCACAAGAAAGUCUUUGAGGAGAUCGUGCGCAUGAUGGACAGGAUGGAGAACGAAUUCCUUCCGUCUCUGGCACUGACCCACAGAGAGUUCACCUUUAAGGACGUCAAGUUCCGCCAGCUGCAGCGGGAGAGUUUUGUGAUCUCUAACGAUGGGCAGGUCGCCUGCCACUUUGUCUUUAUCCCCAAGCUCAACGACUUGCAGUACUGCAAGAACUGGCUCCGCGCUGAGCCCAGCGAAGGCUUCCUAGAGCCUAACGAAACUUUAGAGAUCUUCCUGGAUGUGUACGUGAGCAAGGACUCGGUGACGCUGCUCAACUUGGGAGAGGACGCCAUCGAAGACAUCCUGGUGCUGCACCUGGACCGAGGCAAGGACUACUUCAUCACCAUCUCCGGCAACUACCUGCCCAGCUGCUUCGGUACCUCGCUGGAGACCCUGUGCCACAUAAAGAAGCCCAUCCGGGAGGUCCCCAUCACCAAGCUCAUCGACCUGGGAGAGGACAGCUACAUGGAAAAGGAGAAGUCCAGGGUGAGCUUCCUGAUGGUGGACAGUGCCGGCACGGAGGACAAGCCCUUAAAGAUUCCCAAGGAGGUGUGGCUGCUGGUGAACCACCUCUUUACCAUGUCCUGCCAGCAGGAGGACCUGUUCCAGACACCGGGCCUGCAGGAGGAGCUGCAGGGUGUCAUCGACUGCCUGGACACCAGCAUUCCUGACUCCAUCCCUGGUUGUAACCACUCAGUGGCCGAGGCCCUGUUGAUAUUCCUGGAAGCUCUGCCGGAGCCAGUGGUCUGUUACGAGCACUACCAGCGCAGCCUGGACUGCUCCCAUGACAGCCGCCUCUGCAAACAGUUGAUCUCCCAGCUGCCCCGGGCUCACCGCAACGUCUUCCGCUACCUGAUGGCAUUCCUCAAGGAGCUGCUGAAAUAUGCCCACAACAACAACCUCACUGCCAACCUCAUAGCUACCCUCUUUGCCAGCCUGCUCAUCCGACCCCCGCCCAACAUGGUGGGCCGACAGACAGCGCAGGACCGACAGAGAGCCAUCGACUUCAUUCUGGGCUUCCUCAUGGGAGGGGACGAGGAGUGAGGGGUCAGGGGAUCAGACAGCCGGGACCUUUUGAUGACAGACUGAGGAAUGGGGUUUUGGUGGACAUACGGUCCAUGUAUGUGUGUAAGGGACCAUGGUGGAUUGUGUUGUGGGAGAACAAACAGUGCAAUUAUAUGGGACCCUCUCUUAUUAGACUCUUAUCAAUGCCCCAGCCUUUGUAGUGCUGUACUUCAGUCACUCACAACCAUCACCAUUAACCAAGUCCCAUAGUUUUCAUCUCUGCUCAUUGUGUGGCUGCAGGACCAGGAGUUUAGGUGUUGGGCAGCUUGGAGUGACAGUGAACAGUCAACUGACUGACUCCCCAGGCAACCCAUGCCCCAUUCAACCCCCACUGAGGACUGUUCCGUGCCAAAACAACUCCCUUUACCUGAUUUGAAUGUGAACUCUGAAUGGAAGUACAAUAUGUAUGUAGGAACCCACAGAUACUAAGAUAAUGAUGAUCUGUUAGUACGUUACACUAAAGAUACACGUAGAGGGUCAUGCAGAAAAUUUGGAUCGCAUUCUACCUGGUGGAUACUCCUCUCAGAGUGAAUGAUUCAACCCAUGGGUACGUAGAGAUAUCGCACGCAAGAGACUUCUGGGGAACACAGAGAGACUAAAUGAAUCCUUGCUUGUCCGAAAUACCGACCAAGGAAGUUUGACGCUCUUCUACAAGAUAAUGAUGACAAUCCGGAGCAGUCCUUUCUGGGAUCUGGGAGACAUAUUGGGAGAUGUGUUAGAACUGUCAGUGGGCUAUGGUUUAAACAAAUGUUAUUUAUGAUUUAUAUUCUUUCCUUACAUAACUUUGUACCAUCUUUAGAGUUUAUUUCAACUUCAUACUUCUUUUAAGAGACCACAUUUUGGAUAUUGAGCGUUAUCGUGAGUUAGGCUGAUUUCUCCAUUCAAGUACAUUACAACUCUGAACACAAGUCACACUAACUUGACACUAACUUGACAGUAGAGUGAUCAGUCAUCCCUCCUGCUUGUACAGUAUGUGCUAUUCUACGGGCCAGUUUCUCAGACCCAGAUUCAUCUUAUUGGAGAGUUAACAUUCGCGAUUGAGCAUGCUUUUUUUUGUUGUUCAAGAGUGGUUCAAUGUGGUUGUCUCAUCCAGCUAUCUUAAGAUGAAUGCACUAAUUGUAAGUCGCUCUGGAUAAGAGUGUCUGCUACAUGACUAAAAUUAGUUGGCUUUUAGUCUUGAGUCUGGGAAAAACCCUCCCUACAGUGUGCUACAGAACAUAACAAAGACAAACCCACUACGGCAUCGAUGUCUUAACUGUUGCAAACAGUCCCUCUCCUGUCCGCAUUGACCUCUUGUGGGUUUUUUGACUCUGCUGUCACCUCUUAUUAUGGUGGUGUUCAAUAUGUAUGUAUUGUUUGUUGGUCAUGCAGGUACCAUCGUUUAAAUGCUUGUUUAUAUGUUUAUUUUCUCGCUUCAGCCUCGUCUGCCUCGCUGUCUGCCUUCAUACUGGUUAGAGCCUCAUUGUAUUGGGCCUGUGUGCUCAGGCAGGGGCCUUGUCACAGUCGAUUCAGACAAUAUAAUGCCCUGUUUUACUGUCUUGAGUUUCAUCUAAAGUAGCACCCUAUACCCUAUAUAAUGCACUACUUUUGACCAGAGAGCGCUGGUCAAAAGUAGUGUGCUAUAUAGAGGAAAGGGUGCCAUUUCGGACGUACCCUAAUACUUUUUUCAGUGGCAAAGCAUUUUUUACAGUGCAGGUUGAACAGGAUUUAGAUGUUCAUUACUCUCCGCUGAGACAAAACAGUUUUUUCCCCCUAAUGCUGUCGUGGAACGUGUUAUGGUUGUGAAACGGGGAACUCUAAUGCUGUCGUGGAACGUGUUAUGGUUGUGAAACGGGGAACUCUAAUGCUGUCGUGGAACGUGUUAUGGUUGUGAAACGGGGAACUCUAAUGCUGUCGUGGAACGUGUUAUGGUUGUGAAACGGGGAACUCUAAUGCUGUCGUGGAACGUGUUAUGGUUGUGAAACGGGGAACUCUAAUGCUGUCGUGGAACGUGUUAUGGUUGUGAAACGGGGAACUCUAAUGCUGUCGUGGAACGUGUUAUGGUUGUGAAACGGGGAACUCUAAUGCUGUCGUGGAACGUGUUAUGGUUGUGAAACGGGGAACUCUAAUGCUGUCGUGGAACGUGUUAUGGUUGUGAAACGGGGAACUCUAAUGCUGUCGUGGAACGUGUUAUGGUUGUGAAACGGGGAACUCUAAUGCUGUGACAUUUCUACAGUGUUUAUUCCCUUUGUUUUCCACACUGUCGUCUAGUAACGUUGGUAAUAAGGCGUGAAAACAGCUCCUGGCUGGCCUGUUGUGUGACGCGCUUGGUCUAUGACACUUGUUUCCACUGGAAACGUUUCCCUCUCUUAUGUCUCUAGUCAACUAAUCUAGCCAGAAAAGCAUGUUACCUAGUCAACAGACAUGUACUGUAAUCUAGCCAGAAAAGCAUGUUACCUAGUCAACAGACAUGUACUGUAAUCUAGCCAGAAAAGCAUGUUACCUAGUCAACAGACAUGUACUGUAAUCUAGCCAGAAAAGCAUGUUACCUAGUCAACAGACAUGUACUGUAAUCUAGCCAGAAAAGCAUGUUACCUAGUCAACAGACAUGUACUGUAAUCUAGCCAGAAAAGCAUGUUACCUAGUCAACAGACAUGUACUGUAAUCUAGCCAGAAAAGCAUGUUACCUAGUCAACAGACAUGUACUGUAAUCUAGCCAGAAAAGCAUGUUACCUAGUCAACAGACAUGUACUGUAAUCUAGCCAGAAAAGCAUGUUACCUAGUCAACAGACAUGUACUGUAAUCUAGCCAGAAAAGCAUGUUACCUAGUCAACAGACAUGUACUGUAAUCUAGCCAGAAAAGCAUGUUACCUAGUCAACAGACAUGUACUGUAAUCUAGCCAGAAAAGCAUGUUACCUAGUCAACAGACAUGUACUGUAAUCUAGCCAGAAAAGCAUGUUACCUAGUCAACAGACAUGUACUGUAAUCUAGCCAGAAAAGCAUGUUACCUAGUCAACAGACAUGUACUGUAAUCUAGCCAGAAAAGCAUGUUACCUAGUCAACAGACAUGUACUGUAAUCUAGCCAGAAAAGCAUGUUACCUAGUCAACAGACAUGUACUGUAAUCUAGCCAGAAAAGGCAUUCAAAGUUGUAAAGUGUUUUUAAUAUGGCAUGAUUUUGUAGCUAACACAAUGACAGGCUGUUAAUCAAAGCACUUAACAGUUUGGUUGUCUCUCUGUCAGCUCUCACCCAGAGAGGAUUUUGAGUGGAGUUGGCCCAAGUCGUGUGUGACUUCCGGACUGCAAUCAUCCGUACAGGACAUUCUAAAAUGGGCCCGAUGCGCUUGCAGCAUUCUUCAGAGUUGUCAUAGACUUAAGCGCUUUGCUUAGCUUUGCCAAACCAUGAUUGGCCCUGGAUGGAUUGGUCCUACCUGUUGUCUCGGACUCUUACCGAGGAGGAACAGUGAAUCUGAGAUUGUCAUCUCAUUCACAACACAAAGCUUUUACAUCAAAGACGAGGUUAUCCCCAGCUGCAGAGAUAUUGUCAGAAUUGAAUAUUCAAAUUGGGAAAUGAGCCCACAUUCAUGUUGUCCUAGCUGUCCCUUCAUCUGUGGUCUGUCUGUGUUUUCAUGUGUUGUCUUUUCCUGCUCUGCUCCCCUUCAUACUGUGGCUUUUUAUUUUUUAUUUAUUUUUUUUAACCUUUAUUUAACUAGGCAAGUCAGUUAAGAACAAAUUCUUAUUUUCAAUAACGGCCUAGGAACAGUGGGUUAACUGCCUGUUCAGGGGCAGAACGACAGAUUUGUACCUUGUCAGCUCGGGGAUUUGAACUUGUAACCUUUCGGUUACUAGUCCAACGCUCUAACCACUAGGCUACCCUGCCGCCCCAAUCUCUGUUGGACCCUCCAUUCUGACUCCACUGCUCCUCCUCAAACUGCCGGCGGUAGGAAGACACUCUCACCAUGGCCAUGGUUGGUUUACUGGGACUGUAAUGGUCUGUCUAGUAAUAAUGCUACAUGUGCACAGCAGUUUUUGGUAUUUUUAAUUUAUUUAACGGAAAUAAAAUAAUGUAUGAAAAAAACACUUUGUAUCUAACCUCUUUUAUUGGUGUACCCAGUUGUUCACAGGUGAAACACUCAACAGCCCUCUGGGAAUCCUUUCUAUCCUGUAAAACACCAUCUAGAUGAAAAACAACAAUAUUGUGACAGACUUACUAUGGCUGACUUGUCUGCUCUAUGUCAAAUGUCCAGCUGCUGACGCUAACCCCUGUAGUUAGACCAGUCAGCGGGCUGGGAUGAAACAUUCCCCCUCAUCUCCAUGUAUAAAGUCCUCAACCUGGACUCACUAUCAUCUGUUUGGCUGUGUUAGUUACUGUAGCCCCCACCUGCAGUACCAGUCCCAGUAAACCAACCAUGGCCAUGGUGAGAGUGUCUUCCUACCGCCGGCAGUUUGAGGAGGAGCAGUGGAGUCAGAAUGGAGGGUCCAACAGAGAUUGUGGGGCAGUAUGGAGAACACUGUGCACCGAGGAUGGUUUACUACAGGAGAUGGGCUGUAUGGAGAACACUGUGCACUGGGGAUGGUUUACUACAGGAGAAGGGCUGUAUGGAGAACACUGUGCACCGGGGAUGGUUUACUACAGGAGAAGGGCUGUAUGGAGAACACUGUGCACUGGGGAUGGUUUACUACAGGAGAUGGGCUGUAUGGAGAACACUGUGCACUGGGGAUGGUUUACUACAGGAGAUGGGCUGUAUGGAGAACACUGUGCACUGGGGAUGGUUUACUACAGGAGAAGGGCUGUAUGGAGAACACUGUGCACUGGGGAUGGUUUACUACAGGAGAAGGGCUGUAUGGAGAACACUGCACCGAGGAUGGUUUACUACAGGAGAAGGGCUGUAUGGAGAACACUGUGUACCGAGGAUGGUUUACUACAGGAGAUGGGCUGUAUGGAGAACACUGUGCACUGGGGAUGGUUUACUACAGGAGAAGGGCUGUAUGGAGAACACUGUGUACCGAGGAUGGUUUACUACAGGAGAAGGGCUGUAUGGAGAACACUGUGCACUGGGGAUGGUUUACUACAGGAGAAGGGCUGUAUGGAGAACACUGUGCACUGGGGAUGGUUUACUACAGGAGAAGGGCUGUAUGGAGAACACUGUGCACCGGGGAUGGUUUACUACAGGAGAAGGGCUGUAUGGAGAACACUGUGUACUGAGGAUGGUUUACUACAGGAGAAGGGCUGUAUGGAGAACACUGUGCACCGGGGAUGGUUUACUACAGGAGAAGGGCUGUAUGGAGAACACUGUGCACUGGGGAUGGUUUACUACAGGAGAAGGGCUGUAUGGAGAACACUGUGUACCGAGGAUGGUUUACUACAGGAGAAGGGCUGUAUGGAGAACACUGUGCACUGGGGAUGGUUUACUACAGGAGAAGGGCUGUAUGGAGAACACUGUGCACUGGGGAUGGUUUACUACAGGAGAAGGGCUGUAUGGAGAACACUGUGCACCGGGGAUGGUUUACUACAGGAGAAGGGCUGUAUGGAGAACACUGUGUACUGAGGAUGGUUUACUACAGGAGAAGGGCUGUAUGGAGAACACUGUGCACUGGGGAUGGUUUACUACAGGAGAUGGGCUGUAUGGAGAACACUGUGCACUGGGGAUGGUUUACUACAGGAGAUGGGCUGUAUGGAGAACACUGUGCACUGGGGAUGGUUUACUACAGGAGAAGGGCUGUAUGGAGAACACUGCACCGAGGAUGGUUUACUACAGGAGAAGGGCUGUAUGGAGAACACUGUGUACCGAGGAUGGUUUACUACAGGAGAUGGGCUGUAUGGAGAACACUGUGCACUGGGGAUGGUUUACUACAGGAGAAGGGCUGUAUGGAGAACACUGUGCACUGGGGAUGGUUUACUACAGGAGAAGCGCUGUAUGGAGAACACUGUGUACCGAGGAUGGUUUACUACAGGAGAAGGGCUGUAUGGAGAACACUGUGCACUGGGGAUGGUUUACUACAGGAGAAGGGCUGUAUGGAGAACACUGUGCACUGGGGAUGGUUUACUACAGGAGAAGGGCUGUAUGGAGAACACUGUGCACCGGGGAUGGUUAACUACAGGAGAAGGGCUGUAUGGAGAACACUGUGUACUGAGGAUGGUUUACUACAGGAGAAGGGCUGUAUGGAGAACACUGUGCACCGGGGAUGGUUUACUACAGGAGAAGGGCUGUAUGGAGAACACUGUGUACUGAGGAUGGUUUACUACAGGAGAAGGGCUGUAUGGAGAACACUGUGCACUGGGGAUGGUUUACUACAGGAGAUGGGCUGUAUGGAGAACACUGUGCACUGGGGAUGGUUUACUACAGGAGAUGGGCUGUAUGGAGAACACUGUGCACCGGGGAUGGUUUACUACAGGAGAUGGGCUGUAUGGAGAACACUGCACCGAGGAUGGUUUACUACAGGAGAUGGGCUGUAUGGAGAACACUGUGCACCGGGGAUGGUUUACUACAGGAGAUGGGCUGUAUGGAGAACACUGUGCACCGGGGAUGGUUUACUACAGGAGAUGGGCUGUAUGUAGAACACUCCCCUGAGGAUGGUUUACUACAGGAGAUGGGCUGUAUGGAGAACACUGUGCACCGGGGAUGGUUUACUACAGGAGAUGGGCUGUAUGGAGAACACUGUGCACCGAGGAUGGUUUACUACAGGAGAUGGGCUGUAUGGAGAACACUGUGCACCGAAGAUGGUUUACUACAGGAGAUGGGCUGUAUGGAGAACACUGUGCACUGGGGAUGGUUUACUACAGGAGAUGGGCUGUAUGGCGAACACUGCACCAAGGAUGGUUUACUACAGGAGAUGGGCUGUAUGGAGAACACUGUGCACCGAAGAUGGUUUACUACAGGAGAUGGGCUGUAUGGAGAACACUGUGCACUGGGGAUGGUUUACUACAGGAGAUGGGCUGUAUGGAGAACACUGUGCACUGGGGAUGGUUUACUACAGGAGAUGGGCUGUAUGGAGAACACUGUGCACCGAGGAUGGUUUACUACAGGAGAUGGGCUGUAUGGAGAACACUGUGCACUGGGGAUGGUUUACUACAGGAGAUGGGCUGUAUGGAGAACACUGUGCACUGGGGAUGGUUUACUACAGGAGAUGGGCUGUAUGGAGAACACUGUGCACUGGGGAUGGUUUACUACAGGAGAUGGGCUGUAUGGAGAACACUGUGCACCGAGGAUGGUUUACUACAGGAGAUGGGCUGUAUGGAGAACACUGUGCACUGGGGAUGGUUUACUACAGGAGAUGGGCUGUAUGGAGAACACUGUGCACCGAGGAUGGUUUACUGCAGGAGAUGGGCUGUAUGGAGAACACUGUGCACCGAAGAUGGUUUACUGCAGGGUGUCUCAACCUUUUUUAUAACAGAGGCUGGGAAGCUUCUUGGGGGACUUCUUGCAUUAAACUAGAAUGUAGCAGACAACCCUCUGAUGGACCGGGCAGCAACAUCUUAGGGACUGUUUCUGGUCCAGUCACCAGAGUUUGAGUGACACUGGUUUACUAGAAGGAGGCUAAUGGAAAGAAUAUGAUGUUCGUAUUGUGUUGUGAAAAUUGGAGAUGGGUUGAGACAUACAGUACUUGUAAGGUUUAUGAUAAUUUGUCCGUUUCAGAAUUCAACAAAGUUUGAGUUAUGACCAGAUGUUUGUUUUCUUUCACUGAAGUAUGUCUGAGUAAGCUUUGCACUAUUUCUAUAUACAGUAUAGAAUGUCACUCCGUUUAACAUAGUCUUUAGUGUUAGUUACGCCUUGUUCGUUGUUCGCUGCUGAGGAGUGUACGUGUGAGAAGCUGGUCCAAUUCACUGAAGACCACAGCGUUAUUCUCGCCCUGAUCGUUUUGUGGCACUCA